CAGUGCUGUGCGCGGUUGAAACCUCCCCUACUGGGACAGCCGCGACUCCGCUCUUAUGGCGAUGCCUCUGACAGAGAACAUCUCUCCGAGGGAGCUAGUCAGCGGACAAGGAUUUGGGCUCCCGCUUCACGUCAGCUGGCGCAGGUCUGUGGUUGUGGUCUGAUCAAAGAAUCUGAACAUCAGCAUCAGGUAGAUUCACAAUUUGUCACACGGAAACUCUUCAGUGAGAGAAGCAGCUGAGUAGAAGUUCAGACAUAGCAAUGGCAUCUGUUGUGAUCAAUUCAGUUCCUACCACUGCAUCUCGUUUUGCCUUACUGCAACUGGAAAGUGAUACUGAUUCAGAAUCUGGAAAAGGCAGAAGUGGCCAAGGUGCUGGUAAAUCUCAAGCGUUAGAGGGUAGAUCUUCUACAAAUGAGAAAAAAAGAGAGAAAAGGAGAAGAAAGAAAGAACAGCAGCAGAGUGAAGCCAAUGAGCUCAGAAACCUUGCUUUUAAAAAGAUUCCUCAGAAAUCCUCCCAUGGAGGUUGUCUAUCUCAGCAUGAACAAAAACUGCAUGCUACAAUGCAGAAAGACUCUCAGGAAGAAAAUUGGCAAGAGUGGAGGCAAAGAGAUGAACAGCUGACAUCUGAAAUGUUUGAAGCUGAUCUUGAAAAAGCAUUGCUGCUAAGCAAACUGGAAUAUGAAGAGCACAAAAAGGAAUAUGAAAACAGUGAAUGUACUCCACCUCAGUCAAAGUCUGUGAAUAAGAAAGAAAAAAGAAAGAACCAGCAAGGAAAAGACAAACCUCUCACUGUGUCCCUGAAAGAUUUUCAGUCAGAAAGUAAUAUAGAUAAUGUUGCUAAAAAACAUGAGGAACCAAUCUCUUCUCAGACUCUGAUGAAUGAUGGAGGAUUUUUCCAUAAGCUGGAAGAUGAUGUUCAUAAAAUACUUGAAAGAGAGAAAAGGAGAGACCAGCUCACUGGUUGCAAUGAAAUAGAUAACUGCACAUCUCAUGAGCACAACCAGGAGAGUGGUAUGAAAGAUGGAAAAACAGAACAACUAAAAUUCGAGCUUGAAAAGAAAGAUGCAGAAAUUCAGCAGCUUAAAAAUAUAAUAACUCAGUGGGAGGCGAAAUAUAAAGAAGUAAAAGCAAGAAAUGCACAGCUUCUGAAGAUGCUGCAGGAAGGUGAAAUGAAAGAUAAAGCAGAAAUACUCCUACAGGUGGAUGAAUUGCAAAUUAUAAAAAAUGAAUUGACCUUACAGGUAACUACACUUCAUGCUGCAUUAGAGCAAGAAAGGUCCAAAGUGAAGCUGCUGCAGGCAGAAUUAACAAAAUACCAGAUGUUAAAGGCCUGUGUGCCUACUGCCAGAGUUUGGAAAAAAGAUGUGCUACCAAAGGUAUAGAAAGCAUAAGUUGUGGUUCACUUGCACAAACUUGACACACACAGCUCUAUAGGACCAGACAGGAUGCCUGCAAAGGAGCCGAAGAAGCCAGUCGAUGCUAGUGCUACUCCAGUCUGUCAUCUUUGAUAUUUGGAGAGCAUCUUUUAUGUGGGCGGAUAAUACUAAGACAAGGGGGAGCACUUUAAAAGAGGGGAGAUUUAGGUUAGAUGUAAGGUGGAAAUACUUUUCUCAGAGGGUGGUAAGGCUCUGGCACUGGCUGCCCAGAGAAGCUGUGGAUGCCCCCAUCUCUGGGGUCGUUCAAAGGCAGGCUGGAUGGUUUCUUAGCCCCACAGCAGGUGGCCUUGAACUAGGUCCCUUUCACCUAAUUUGUCAAUUAUCUAUCAUUUAAGUACCUCGACUGUUUUCAUUUAUUUACCUGGUGUUCAGAUGGGCUCAUGUCCCAUAGUGUUUGUGUAGUUUAAAAAAACUAGCCUUUUUUCCUUGCUAAUUGAUGCUGCUUCAGCAUAAAAAAUAACUGCAGAUAGAAAAUGUCAAGUCUACUUAUUAACUAUAUGCUUGUUUUUAU